CGCGUGAACUUGGCGCGAGACACUACCGUGUGUCUCUUGAUACCACGAUCUUCAACUCGAAAUCUCGUAACGGUAGCGGAUCGUACGUCGAGAUAGUGUUUAUUACAUUAUCUUAAUACUUGCCGAAAAUUGGAUUUUAAUUUAUAAUGGCAGCAAGAGUAGCAAAGAAAACUCCGAGGAAAAAAGGUGGUUAUGAACUGCCGGAAGCUAUACCGGCGGGAGAAAUUCUAACGGAUAUAUGUAAGGGCCAAUGGAUUCUGGGCAAGUCAAUCGGUGUCGGUGGUUUUGGAGAAGUUUAUUCUGCGGCGCCAUAUUCUAACAAAGUGCCAAAAAAUUAUCCCAAUGUUAUGAAAAUUGAACCACAUGGAAAUGGUCCAUUAUUUGUAGAAAUGCAUUUUUAUAUGAAAAAUUGUAAGGCAAUUGAAAUUGAUAGUUGGCAGAAACAAAAGAAACUGGCUGUACUUGGAAUGCCUAAAUAUAUUGCUUCUGGUAGUCAUGAAUAUAAUAAUAAAAAGUAUCGAUUUUUAGUAAUAGAUCGAUAUGGAACUGAUUUAUGCAAAGUAUUUGAGAAGCAUAAUAAACAGUUUCCUGAACAUGUGGUGUACAAACUAGCUUUACAAAUAAUAGAUAUAUUAGAAUAUAUUCAUGACAGAAAUUACGUACACGCUGAUAUCAAAGGUGAAAACCUGUUACUGGAAUUAAAUGCCUAUGAUCAAGUUUAUUUAGUUGACUUUGGUUUAGCUUCUCGCUGCACAAAAUUAACUGAAUUAAAAGUUGAUCCAAAAAAGGCACAUAAUGGCACAUUACAAUACACAAGCAGAGAUGCUCAUAUGGGAGUGCUAACACGACGUGGUGAUAUGGAAAUUCUAGGCUAUAACAUAAUUUUCUGGUUAUGUGGUUCAUUACCAUGGGAAAAAUUAUUAGACGCGACUGUUGUUCAGAAAGAGAAAGAAAAAGCUUUUAAAGAUAUAGAUAGUUUUUUGAACAAGUGUUUUCAUAAAUUAGUUCCACAGGCUGUACAUAAAUUCAUAACUUUAUUAGCCAGUAUAAAAUUUAAUGAAAUACCACCAUAUGAAAAGUUUAAGGAAAUAUUAAUAGCUGGUUUAAAAAAACUAAAUCACAAACCAGAUGGAAAAUUAAGAUUAAAUAGCAUUGAUACAUUGACUCAACAAAAUAUUGCUAAAUCCACACCUAAAUCUACACCUAAAUCUACACAAAAAUUAAAAAAACUGGUUGACAAAGCUAAAAAAAGCCCUAACACAACACAUAUGGAUGCUCCAACUCCUGUGAAUUCAAGAAAAAGUACUAUAGGUGUUGUGAUGGAUAAAAAACGUGGUAACGNAAAAGAUAAUGAAAAAUUACGCUGGACAUAUUUCAACUCUCCUUUGAAACUACCCACUCAUCUUAUGGCGUUUGCAAUGAUCAAUUUUCCUCGUCAUUUUAGUAAUAAUAUCAUUAGCAUGUACUGCAGAGAUGACGUAAAAAAUGAUGUAACAUUUGCAUGGAACGUUAUUACAAAAAUUACAGACUAUUUUAUUCUUCAAAGGAAAUUAUUAAUCAAGGUGAACUAUGUUCUAAUCCCAAAUUUUCCAGACGACGGCUUAUCAAAUUGGGAACUCAUUUUUUAUAGAGAAACAGCUGUUGUCUGUGAUGAAAAAUUAGAUUCGAUUGCUCAUAAAAUAAAAGUGGCGGAUUUGAUAGCACGUUUAACAUUAAAACAAUGGUUCAAUAAUACGAUUAUACCAUCCUCGUGGUCUCAUGCUUGGUUUACUGACAGUCUUGCUACAGUCUUUGCAAUGGAUGCAAUCAAUGAAACUAAGAUUUUCGAAGAUAAUCAAAUUAAGUACCUGUUCAUAGAACAAAUUCAAUAUGAGUCUUUUCAUUUAGAUGAUCUUCACUAUAAUAAUUAUUAUGAAGAUUCUAUCUCUUUCAAUGUACUUUCUUAUGAAAGCAAAAGUCCUUUUGACAUUAAAUCACAUUUCUCUUUACCUUAUUACAGAGGUGUCUGUAUCUUGCGCAUGCUGCAGCAUAUAAUUAGUGAUAUGGCAUUCCGAAAUGGUAUCGAUCUACGUACGUAUGGAAACAUCCCGAUAACGCCCGAUCACUUCUGGAAUAUUUUAACUCUUGUCAUACGUUUGAAAUACAACAAAUUCGAUCUUGAUAUAAAAGAUAUAAUGAAUGGUUGGGUGAGGCUAUGGCAUUACCCUGUGCUUACUGUAAAACGAAAUGAUAAAAGAAAUGGUGUAUUAGUAUCUAUAGCAAAACCUAUAAGUUUUAUAUUUAGCCAAUCGGGUUUACCGAAUUUCUGGAUACCUAUCACAUACACUACGAAGAGAGAGCUCAAUUUUACUAAAACUUCUUUUCAAGAUAUCAUAUGGCUUAAAAAUGAACCGGUUGAAAUAUAUAUGAUCGACACAGAUUGGAUAAUAAUCAACUUACAACAAACUGGAUAUUAUCGGGUUAAUUAUGAUUAUGAUAUUUGGCGAGAUAUCAUAAAUUAUUUGCACUCACAUGUUUAUACGGACAUUCAUAUUCUAAAUCGGGCUAAACUGAUCGAUGAUGCAUUUCAUUUUAUGAUAACACAACAACUCAAUUCUUCGAUAUUUUGGAAUUUAACGCAUUAUCUACACCAAGAAACAAGUUACAUAGCAUGGUAUCCUAUGUUCAAAGCUAUGGAAUAUAUGUCGAAAAUUUUUCCAUAUUCAGAUUUAGAAAUUGAUGCUAUUAAGGAUAGACUUGUAUUAAUAUUAGACUCACUUCUUUUGAAUAUAACAAACAAAAAAGAUCCGAAGAAAGACGAUCUAACUCAAUGUUUAUGGAGAGAAGCUCUAAAAUGGACAUGCAUUUUGAAUAAUCUGAUGUGCGAAGAACAUAUCCAAAAUCUUCAAGAACAUAACUUUCUGAACAAUUAUAUCUAUGGUGAUCCUUGGAUGCACUAUUGUGCAAAAUUGAAGAUAGACACAUCAAAUAAUCUGUUGGUAACACUAUUACAAGACUACAAAAUACACUCUAUAAGGGAAGCAUUGGAAUCUUUAGUUUGUUCUGAUAAUUCUGCUCUUGUUAUACUAUUCUUGGUACGAAUAAGACAGAAUGGGGGAGAUAUACAACUCGAUCGACAAACUCAUAUUAAAAUGUUUUUUUCUAUUUUUGCGAGCCAUGCUAAAAGGCAUGAAAUACUUGAUUUACUAUUUUACAAUUUUGAAGUAGUGAAACCCAGCGAAAUUAAUAAGGUUGCGCUAUUGAUUCACAUUAUCAAUAAUGUGUAUUCUCAGGAAAGUUUUAAUAAGAUUGAAAAAUUUGUGGCAGAAAAUACCACACAAUUAAGGUUUGAUGUUGAACAGAAGAUAAAAAACCGCUUGCGUAAUAUCGAAAAGCACAAAAACUAUGUUCAAACAAUUCGCCUUUUUCACGAAGUUUAAUUUAACAAUAAAAUGAUUGGCCUAUCAGUCAAAUCAGAAAAAAAUAAUGACUGAAUGUUAUGAGUAUCAUAUCUAGUAUAAUAUAAUUAAUUUAAUUAUAACCGCUAAAAACAUUGUUGAUAAUAAAACUUUAUCAAUAAAUU